AUGGGAUUUGAAAAAGAGCUUUUGGUUGCCACUCAGGCCGUUCGUAAGGCAUCUUUGUUGACCAAGAGGAUUCAAUCCGAAGUGAUCGCUCAUAGAAAUUCGACUACAAUUACCAAAAGUGAUAACUCUCCAGUCACUGUUGGGGAUUACGCGGCCCAAACCAUUAUUAUAAAUGCCAUCAAGACAAAUUUUCCAAAUGACAAGAUAGUAGGCGAAGAGUCCUCUGAUGGUUUAGAAAAUGCAUUUGUCUCUGAAAUACUCCGUGAAAUUAAAGAAAAUGACGAGGUUUUCGAGUCCAAGUUUGCUGGUCACCAGGAGAAAAGUCUAUUAGUCAAUGAGACUUUUCCAUUGGAAACAAUUCAAAAUGUGAAAACAAUUAUCGAUUAUGGCGACUAUGAAGGUGGUAACAAGGGCCGUGUCUGGUGUCUGGAUCCUAUCGACGGGACCAAAGGAUUCCUUAGAGGUGAGCAAUUCGCUGUUUGUCUGGCUUUGAUUGUUGAUGGAACUACUCAAUUAGGUGUCAUUGGAUGUCCCAACCUAUCACUAGAACAGUACGGGGGUAAAGAUUUACCAGGUUACGAACCUUUUGGAUACAUUUUCCGUGCUGUCAGAGGCAAUGGGGCCUCGUACGCACCAGCUGCAGCAGCUACACCUGGAACAGAAAACAUCUGGCAAAAAGCUCACGCAAGAGAAUUAACUUCCACUGACGGCAUGGUAUCAUUAGAAGGUGUAGAAAAGUCACACUCUGCUCACGACGAACAGUCCAUCAUCAAGGAGAAACUCGGUAUCAAAAAAUCACUACAUCUGGAUUCUCAGGUGAAAUAUUGUAUGCUAGCCGCAGGUCUUGGUGACGUCUAUCUACGUUUGCCUAUCAAGCUAGAAUAUCAAGAAAAGAUCUGGGACCAUGCCGCUGGUAACGUUAUCGUUGAAGAAGCAGGUGGUAUCCACACAGACGCAUUGCAAAAUGUCCCAUUAAACUUCGGCCAGGGUAGAACACUAACCACCAAGGGUGUCAUUGCAUCCUGCGGACCCACUAAUCUUCACAAGCUAGUGGUAUCCACUUCUAGCGACGUAAUGAAAGCUGCCAAACACUGA